UUCCCACAGCUCGGGGAAGACCCGGGCGGCGGCGGCUUAGCCCCGACCCCUCCCCUCCCGCUCCCUCCUCCUCCGGGUCUGAGGGCGGCGGCCUCCGACUCAAGACCCUGGGGCUCCGGGUCUUCUCAGCAGCCGCCGCUGCAGCCGCGGCGACGUCACCGUCCUCGCGGCCUCGCACACAGCGCUGUGGCCGCCGAAUGCCCGUGGACGCGCAUCUCUUCCCAGAGUUCCUGCUUCCUGGGCCAGCCAAAGCCGCAGCUGGGAAGGAGAGCAACGUGCUGCAGCCUGAGGCCCACAUCCGCACAACCCCCGAGGAGGAGAGCUCCCCAGGGGCUCUGCUGCUCGACAAGCCCCCAGAACAUUUGUCUCUGCCCUGCACUCCAGCGACCUUGGAGCAGCAACUGACGGUUUCUCUUUCCGGGGAGCCCCACGGGCCUCUUGCCCUGCUCAGCAUAUGCUCAACUCUGAUCCUCCAGCCCUGUGCCACCCUUGACCCUCUUCUACUGCAGCCACAGGCCCCCAAAGCCUCGGACCAGGCUGCGGUUUCUGCCUCCUUAGAGUGGCAGCGGAAGCUGGAGGCCGCUGAGGCUCUGCUGACUCUGAGAGACUCUUCCCAGGCCCCUUCGGACUCCAUCUCCCUGCACCAGCCCUGCGGCCCACCAGCUCCUGCUGGAGAUAAAGGACUCCAGCCUCCCAGCCCCUCUCUCCACCCCAGGCCAGCCAGCUCCCUCUCGCUGCCUAUUGGACAUCUGGGGUGCAUCUCCCUCUUGAGCUAGGAGCCCAGAGGAGGAGGCCUCAAUAGAGCACUGCCUAUUUGGUAUCCUGUUUCUGAAUGUGCAAAAUGGUUAACAUCCAAAAUGCUUAACAUCUCUUUUUUUAAGCCUUCAGGUGUUUUAUAAGCUUUCAGACCCUUUUUAUUAUGUGGGGCAAUUCCUUGGCUGAGGGUGGAUAUUCUUGUACCUCUAUCCCUUACUCCUUUGGAUGCUGGGGCCUUUUUAUGUCUCCUAUCAUAGCAGGAUUGUGCAAUCUAAGUUGAUCAGUCUCUAAAUGGGGUUCUGUGGGAAUUCAUAUGCCAGAGUUUUUAUUUGUCUUGUGAUUGCAGACAUACCUGUGCACUCAUGUACGUAUCCAUGCAUGUGGAAACAUAAGAAUGUUUUCACUUUGUCUCUAGGUUUGUGUGUGUGAACAAAUAAUAAACCCUUGUUGUUGUAAGACA